AUGUCCGACCCUGCACCUUCCAACGCCCCCAAGGCGCCUCCCGCCGACGACAAGGAUGAGGUCGCCACCGCCAUCCUCCGACAGAAGCGCAGCCCCAACAAGCUCUUCGUGGAGGAGGCCACGAGCGACGAUAACAGUGUAAUGUGCCUCAGCCCGGCUAAGAUGGAGGAGCUUGCCUUGUAUCGCGGAGACUCUGUGUUGAUCCGCGGCAAGAAACGCCGAGACUCGGUGGCAAUCGUCCUCUCUGAUGAGACCGUGGAGGAUGGGAAAGUCCGCCUGAACAAGGUGGCGCGUAACAACCUGCGCGUCAAGUUGGGCGAUAUGGUGUCCAUCCACGCCUUACACGACAUUAAAUAUGGCAAGCGUAUCCACGUUCUGCCCUUUGACGACAGUGUCGAGGGUCUCACCGGCAACCUGUUUGACGUUUACCUCAAGCCGUACUUCCUCGAGGCGUACCGACCUGUGCGCAAGGGCGACACCUUUGUUGUGCGCGGUGGUAUGCGUGCCGUCGAGUUCAAGGUCGUCGAGACCGACCCUGCCGAAUACUGUAUCGUGGCCCAGGACACGGUCAUUCACACUGAGGGCGAGCCCGUCAAGCGCGAGGACGAGGAAUCCAACCUUGCCGACGUUGGUUAUGACGACAUUGGUGGUUGCCGCAAGCAGAUGGCGCAGAUCCGCGAGAUGGUCGAGCUGCCCCUGCGCCACCCGCAGCUCUUCAAGUCGAUCGGUAUCAAGCCGCCCCGCGGUGUGCUCAUGUACGGUCCUCCCGGUACCGGUAAGACGCUCAUGGCGCGUGCCGUAGCUAACGAAACCGGCGCCUUCUUCUUCCUCAUCAACGGACCCGAAAUCAUGUCCAAGAUGGCCGGAGAAUCCGAGUCGAACCUGCGCAAGGCCUUCGAGGAGGCAGAGAAGAACAGCCCUGCCAUCAUCUUCAUCGACGAGAUCGACAGUAUUGCUCCCAAGCGUGAGAAGACCAACGGCGAGGUCGAGCGACGUGUCGUGUCUCAGCUGCUCACGCUCAUGGACGGUCUCAAGGCGCGCUCCAACAUCGUUGUCAUGGCCGCCACCAACCGCCCCAAUUCGAUCGACCCUGCCCUUCGUCGAUUCGGCCGAUUCGACCGUGAAGUCGACAUUGGCAUCCCCGACCCCACCGGCCGACUCGAGAUCCUGCGCAUCCACACCAAGAACAUGAAGCUCGCCGACGACGUCGACCUGGAGCAGAUCGCUGCCGAGACGCACGGUUACGUCGGUUCUGACAUGGCUGCACUCUGCUCCGAGGCCGCCAUGCAGCAGAUCCGUGAGAAGAUGGACCUCAUCGACCUCGACGAGGACACCAUCGACGCCGAGGUGCUUGACUCGCUCGGUGUCACCAUGGAGAACUUCCGCUUCGCUCUUGGCGUCUCCAACCCUUCGGCUCUGCGCGAGACCGUCGUCGAAGUGCCCACCACCACCUGGAAGGACAUCGGUGGUCUCGACAAGGUCAAGCAGGAGCUGCAGGAGACCGUCUCGUACCCCGUUGAGCACCCCGAAAAGUUCCUCAAGUACGGCAUGGCUCCUUCCAAGGGUGUUCUCUUCUACGGACCCCCGGGUACCGGUAAGACACUGCUUGCCAAGGCCAUCGCCAACGAGUGCCAGGCCAACUUCAUCUCGAUCAAGGGUCCCGAGCUGCUCACUAUGUGGUUCGGUGAGUCCGAAGCCAACGUGCGAGAUGUUUUCGACAAGGCGCGUGCUGCGGCCCCCUGUGUCAUGUUCUUCGACGAAUUGGACGCCAUCGCAAAGUCGCGAGGCUCUUCGUCUGGCGACGGUGGAGGAGCAGGCGACCGUGUCAUCAACCAGAUUCUGACCGAGAUGGACGGUGUUAGCUCGCGCAAGAACGUCUUCAUCAUUGGCGCUACCAACCGACCCGACCAGAUCGACCCCGCCAUUCUGCGUCCCGGUCGUCUCGACCAGCUCAUCUACAUUCCCCUACCUGACGAGCCUUCGCGUCUUUCGAUUCUCAAGGCAACGCUGAAGAAGUCGCCCAUUGCCGAGGACGUCGACCUUACCUUCCUCGCCAAGCAUACGCAUGGCUUCUCUGGUGCUGAUCUUGCCGAGAUCUGCCAGCGUGCCGCCAAGCUUGCCAUUCGCGAGUCGAUCGAGGCGGAUAUCAAGCGCGAGCGCGAGCGUGUGGCCAACAAGGAGGCCAACGCGGAAGGUGAAGUCAAGAUGGAAGAGGACGCGGCUGCCGGCGCCGCUGCUGAGGAGGAGGACUUUGAGGAUCCAGUGCCCGAGAUCACACGUGCGCACUUCGAAGAGGCGAUGCGCUUCGCACGCAGGUCGGUGUCGGAUGGCGACAUUCGUCGCUACGAGCUCUUUGCACAGAACCUGCAAUCGGCACGCUCGUUUGGUACCUCGUUCCGCUUCCCCGAGGGACAAAACCCAGCGCAGACGGGCGGUGCUGGUGGUGCUGGUGGCAGCGGCGGUGCCGCUUUCGGCAACGACGACGCGGGCGACGAUGACCUCUACGCUUGA